AUGUGGUUGGAGAAUAAUAAAAGAUCUAUUGAAGCUUCAGAUAAUAGUAAUAAUAAUAAUAAAAAAAAUAAAACAAAUCAUACUAAUGAUGAAAACAAACUAAAUCAAAUAAUAUCAUAUUUCAAUAGUGAUUUUGAUAAAGAAUAUAAUGAAUUCAUAAAAAAAGAUUAUAAUAAAUUAAAAGAAGAAGAUAUUAAAGAAUUGGCAAAAAAAUUUGGUAUCAAUACAAUUGGUAGAAAAAGUGUUAUUUACAAUAGAGUUGUAGCCUUUGUAGAGUUACAACAAAGAUUUGCAAUCGAAAAACAAAAAAAAGAAUCAAUCAAUGCAUUCAACAAAGAUAGGGUACAACUAACAAUUAUGGAUAUCUCACCACAAGAAAACUUAUUUUGGGCAAUUUUUAGAAAUAAAAUAAUUUUUAAGAAUAUAUUUUCAAAUUUUACAUUCGGUAGAUCACUCAAUUAUGAUAGACUAUUCUCAGUUGAUUUAAUAUUAAGAAGAUACACAAAUGGUGAAGAAAUUUUAAGAGAUAAAGUAAAAAAUGCUCAAGAUUUAGUUUUUGGUCAUGAAACCAUAUGUGAAAGGAUUUUCAAAGAUACACCGUCCAAUAGAUCAUUCUAUAAACAAUUAUUUUCAAACUAUUCAGAUACAAGAAAUAUUUUUUUUAAAGAUGCAAUUGCAACAGCAAAUAUCGCAGUAUUAAAAGAACUAAACAACUAUGCACAAUUUCAAGAAAACUUUUCAGGCACAGGUAUAAGCGUAAAGACUUAUAAAUCUAUUAAAAUGAUCAAAUAUUUAAAUUCAAUAGGUUUUAAAUCAAGAAAUAAAACGAACGAUCAUGAUAAGAAAUGCUUUAUUUUCUCUUUUUCUAAUUUUGACUUAUCAAAUCUUAAAAAUUUAAAUCAACUCAUUAAAACUGUAGAAUACUUACCAUUACUUUAUGAACAAAUAGAGCAUAAUCAAAUUGAGAAAAUCAAAAUUUUAAGAUUAAAAUCAUCAACAGUAUUUACACAAAAACUAUUAAAAUCAACUUUAAGCCAUCUCAUAUUGGAAAAUCUUUGUUUAAAUAAUAAUAAUAAUAAUAAUAAUAAUUAUAAUCAAUGGAUAUUAAAAUACAUAAAGCUAUUAUUUCAAAUAAUACAACAACCUUUCCCACCACACUACUAUAUUUUAUUGAAUGGUAAACAAUUAUUUUUAGAACAAAUGAAAAAAGAAACCAUCUUUCUUAAUAUAUUAUUUGAAUACAAAAUUACCGAUUAUCAACUUUAUUUAGAUGCUUCCGAACUACUUGUACAGAAAAAAUGUUAUGUUGGAUCAGAUUUAUUUAUAUUUCUAAAGAAAACACUCUUAAGCAAUAAUUUAGAAUUAAUUCGAGUGAUAUUCAAUCAACAUAUUGGAAUAUUUAAUAGUUUAUUUCCAAAAGAUGCUAUAACUUUAAUAAAUAGUAUUCAAUCAACAGAGGUAUUAGACUACUUUUUCAACAACCACAAAAGAUGUCCUUUGUUUAAAAAGGAUAACUCCUUUUGCUUUUAUGUUUCAAGUUUAGCAAUUCUUAAACAUUAUGAAGAGUUAAUGACCAAUCUGGGUAGACGUUUUUUUAUUGAAGAAAGAGAUUCUUUGUUUCGUACCAAUACAAUAUUAUCGAAUUUUGAAGUAUAUUCUAGUGCAAACCAAAACCCAAUUGCUUAUAACACUCAACAUUCCAUUAUUUAUCCUUUUUGCCAAAGUUUGAAAUCAGAGGAUGAUGUUCACACUGCCAUCAAUUAUUUCAAAUCAAAAAGAUUGAUAGAUAAUAUUAUGUUUCAAAAUAUCAAUAACUUUUAUAAUUUAAAAUUUUUUCAAUGGAUAUUCCAACAUACUCAAAUACCAAAUGAAAUUAUUAAAAAUCAAGAUAUUCAAUUACAUAUAAAAUUCAAUAAUAAUAAUAAUAAUAACCAAAAAAUGCAAACUCAUCAACAAAGAAAUACUAAAUUUAAUGAAGAAAUAAUUACAAUUGAAUUAAUACCCCGUAAAUACUUUAAUUUACUUUAUUUAUUUGGCAAAUAUGAAAAUAUAAUUCAAACAAAAAAUGUGUCACUAAAUAAUAUUGAUUUUUCAGAUAUGUCAACAGAAUUUAUGGAUCAAUUAUUAAAUAACAUUUUAAUAAACAAAACAAUUAUAGCAGGUGAAUUUUCAUUAUCUCUUUUAAUUGAAACUUUAAUAAAAGAUGAUAACCUAACAGCAAUUAAAACAAUUUCAUUAAAAUAUCCUCAAAUAUUUACAAAACGGUCAGAAUCAAAUCCAAAUGGUAUUUUUGUAAAUACAAAAGAUUUUUUAAGACAAUCACUGGAACAAGAUAAUGUAGAAAUUUCAGAAAUUCUAUUUUAUUACAUUUCAAUCACCAAUAAUGAAUUUAAAAGAUACACUAAAAAUUCAUAUAAAGUUAAAGAACUAAAAUAUAAAAUAAAAAAUAUUAAUUAA